AUGGUGCGUCUGCAACGAUGCUUGCGCGGCCGAGCACUGGAAUCCGUCAGAUGCCGGCUUCUGCACCCUGAGAAUGUGAAUGGUGUUAUAGACACGCUAAAAAUGCUGUUUGGGAGACCUGAAAUUAUAGUGCAAUCCCUAAUCGGAAAGGUUCAGGCACUACCAACACCAAGAGCUGACAAACUUAACACUCUGGUCGAUUUCGGUAUCGCCGUAUCCAACUUAACUGCAACGUUAGAAGCAUGCCAGCUAAACGAGUAUCUCUGCAACAUUUCAUUACUGCAGGAACUCGUUGAGAAACUACCCCCGAUGGUUAAACUUAAUUGGGCCACGCACCGUCGGUGUAUAAAAAAUGUAAACUUCAGUGAAUUCAGCUCCUGGCUAUACACUCUGGUCGAAGCAGCCUGUUUCGUUACCUCUCCCUUCACAGGAGCGGUCAGUGAUACCCCUUAUAAUCGCAAGACUCGGAAGAAUGAUGGAUUUGUUAACGUUCACUCAGAAAGCGCCGACCCACGCUCCGGACGCGACGAAGAGACCCUUGCCACAUGGAGGGUGUGUCCCGCCUGCAACGGAAGAUGGACGUCAACUGAUUGCUGUCCGAGGUUCACGAGUAUAGAUGUAGAAUCAAGAUGGGUAAUGGUACGAGAGCGCGGUUUGUGCCGAAGAUGUCUACGUAAACACACCGGCGUAUGUCGUUCGCGAAAAGAGUGCGGUGUCAACGGCUGCGGAUACAAACAUCAUAGUAUGCUGCACAACGAUACGAGGGAAAUCAAUCAAACUACAACAAACCGUGCGCUCGCUGGUGAAGACAGUGGUGAUAACACCGGUCCAGUGGAACCAUGCAACACCCAUAGAGGAAUUAUCGAUUCCGUGUUGUUUCGAAUAGUUCCUGUUGUUCUACACGGUCUUCGAAUGACAAUUCAAACCUAUGCCUUGUUUGACGACGGUUCGUCGCUAACCUUAAUAGACGAGGAAAUAGCUGAAACCCUGCAACUACCUGGGGAACCGUAUCCGCUUUGGUUAAAGUGGACAGGGGAUACGUGCCGGCAUGAAGGUAGCUCAAGACGAGUGUCCGUUGAAAUUUCUGGAACCGGACCAGCAGCGAAGCGUUAUUAUUUGGAGAACGUUCACACAGUAGAGGAUCUAUACCUACCAAGUCAAACGGUGAACAUCGAAACCCUCGCGGAAAAAUAUCAGCAUCUACGAGGAAUUCCAGUUGAUUCUUUCCAGGACGCCCGACCUCGCUUACUGAUCGGUAUGAAUAAUUGUCGUUUAGGUCACCCCAUAAACAGCCAGGAAGGUAUCCAAGGACCUGCUUCCAAAACGCGUCUUGGCUGCGUCGUAUUUGGGAACUGCUCCGAUAACGUUGUUACGGAACGGAAUGAGCUACUUCACCAUAGCAUGCACGUUUCACUCUGCGAUCAACCAGAUGAAACCGAUCUUAACCGUUUGGUGAAAGAAUAUUUCUCUCUCGAAGGAAUUGGAAUUACCAAACCAGAAAAACCUUUGCUAUCAUCGGCUGACCAGCGGGCAUCGAAUUUAUUACGUGAAUAUACUCAUCGUAAGGGUGACCGCUAUGAAAGUGGCCUGCUUUGGUGGUACGAUGACAUUCGCCUUCCAGAUAGCAAACCGGCUGCUCUACGACGUCUACUCUGCUUGGAGAAUAGAAUGCGCAAAAAUCCCGCGCUGGUAGAAGCGAUGCGAAAUAAAAUCCAUGAAUAUUUGCAAAAAGGUUAUAUGAGAAAACUAACGCCAGCGGAAGUUUCAGUAAAACACCCACGCACUUGGUAUCUACCAAUAUUUCCCGUUUUCAAUCCCAAUAAACCGGGUAAACUACGCAUCGUGUGGGAUGCCGCCGCAUCCGUCCGAGGUGUCUCGCUGAACUCCGUGUUAAUGACGGGUCCUGAUCUGCUCACAUCCCUCGCAUCUGUUCUUCUUCGGUUUCGUGAGCAUCGAGUGGCCGUCGGUGGCGACGUGCGUGAAAUGUUUCACCAAGUUUUAGUGAAAGAUGAGGAUCAAUACAGUCAGCGGUUCCUUUGGCGUAACACUGAAGGCGACGAACCAGAUGUUUAUGUCAUGAAGGUUAUGACCUUCGGUGCUAGCUGCUCACCAAGCUGCGCGCAAUACGUUAAAAAUCACAACGCUCUCCAGUUCUCUGAGCGUUUUCCCGAUGCUGCAGAUGCAACAGUGAAAGGUCACUAUGUCGACGACCUGCUCAUAAGUGUAGAAACACAGGAGGAUGCCAUUCGCCUAGCGAAAGAAGUUCAGUUCAUACAUGCAAACGCGGAAUUUGAAAUUCAUCAAUGGAUAUCCAAUUUCAAGCAAGUACUUUGUGCGUUGCAGAAUGCACCAACUGCAGAAAAAACCUGA